ACCGGCCGGACACCGGGGUGGUUUCACAGGUGCAAGAAGAGCUGCCCCUGCUGUCACCUUUGGAAGUGCCACUCCUGUUUGCCACUUGCUUUCCCUCUGUGUGAAACCCCAUCUGAGGACACCUGCAAAGAUGUGGCCGCUUUGGGGACUGGACCUGAACCGCGUCCGCUGUGACCUGCUCUUCACAGAAGCCAUCAACCAAAGGAUGCAGGUUCCCAACAGGCUGAAGGUGGCAGAGAGCAGCAGCCCUGGGGACAGGAGGACAGUGGCAGAGGAUGUCCCUGCAUCCUUCCGGAUGCACAUUCCCGAUAGGAUUUCUCUGGCAGAGAUACCAGACACCAGUUUGAGGCCAGUCCUGUUGACCCAGCCAAGGAAGGUCCCCCCUGUUGUGGUGCACGUGUCCCCAGACCCCUCUGGGGACCUCCCUUUCCUGCCCUCAGCCAGCAGAGCCAGCGCCCAGCGACGCAAACGACCGGGCCAUCACAGCAGCAGGUCACGGAGGGACAGGACCCCGAGUGACUGUGCCCAUCUGGCCUUGCACAGCCCAGGACAGCACCAUGAGGGGCCGCACUCGUGUCCCCUGCCUGCUCCCAGUGCCCCACUCCCCCUCCUCACAGAGGCAGGCAGGAUCUACUCCAUGCAGAACAUCUUCCAGACCAUGUACCUCCUGGGCCAGGUGCUCUUCCACCGAGUCCAGGACUCUCUGCGAGACCCAGCACCAUCCAGCUCCCAGGAGCCUGGCCUCGCUGCAGAGAGCGCCUUGGAGGAGGCCGGGGUGACGGAGGUGGCAGUGAUGAGAAGGCAGCUGGCGAGGAUCUCGGGGAGGCUGCGCGUGCUGGAGGAGCAGUGCCAUGCCUGGAGACAGAAGGAGGCCCUGGUGUACUCGGUGAUGAUCUCUGCCUGCCUCUUCAACACGUGGCUCUGGCUGAGGAGAUGAUGGCCCGUGCCCAGCCUCCCCUGCUCACCCUGGCACGGAAUCUGUGUCCUUCAGGCCAUGAUGACAGUGAAGGUGUGAGAAGCUGCUGCAAAGAGCUGAGUGGUGGCUGACACAGGAGGUGUCUGUUCUGUGCAGCUGCCCUCAGGCUGCCAGAGGAGAUGCAAACCCGAGGUGUUGGGUGUUUGUGGACGUGGGGUCCUGUUACAGCCAUAGCCUGUGGUGGGCCUGGUCCCCUGGCCACAUCCCACCUUGGAGAUCUCAACUCUGACCCCUUUAAAAGUUCUCAGCUGACUGCUGUGGUCUAUUCCUCAUUUUCUGUAGAGUGACUGAGUGUUUCUAAACUUCCUCUGGGUUUUCUUUUCUUCCUUGUGCAGCUGCUGUUUGGUGGAGGUGACACUGCCAGGUCUCCUGUGCCACAGCCCCUCUUCCAGGAGUGGAGCUGGAGGGGUCGGGAGCUCCCAUCCCUGCAGCCACAGCAGCUUUGCAGAUGCUCAGAUCCAAAGUGGCUGUAAGAGCCUUGCUGACAUCUGGGCUUAUCCAGGGGCUUGGUUCUUUCCCAGAGAGAUUUACGUGGGAAACCUCCCCAUGGUGGCUCUCUGGAUUAUAAAACCCCAUAUCAACAGGGAUAGCAUCAAACAGGUGAGGGGAAAUAGGUAUUUGUUAGGCUUCCUGUGGCAAAGGGGUGUGGAGGGGUCUCUCCCAGGUCUUGCUGCCAAGCUGAAACUUCAGUGGUGGUGAAAGAACAUGAGUGAGGGAAAUUCCUGACCCAGAUGCUCUUUAGCUGUAAACAAGCUCUGUUCAACAGCUCUUCUGUUUGUUUCCUUCUCUAGAGUUUAGUAAGACUUGAUUCUGAGGUGACUUUGAGAUGUUUCUGGUGGUUCAUCCAGCACAUCUGCUGGAGUUGUGCAUGCAGGCCCUGGGGGCAGGUUUUGGCAAGGCUUAACAGGACCUCUGUGUGUCACCUAUACCUAAUUAUAGCUGGAUCUACAUGUCAUCCAGAUGUCCCAGUAGCUUAUUUACAGACAUCAGUGCUCAGGUGUUUUCUGCUUGACACCGCAUCAAGCGUCCGUGACUGUAAAUCUGGCAGCUGGACAGUGAUUAAUAAAUAACUGUCCCAAAGUAAUUGCAGGUCUGAACCUGUGGCUGAUUGCUGAGCUGAGGAGAGCGCUGGGAUUUAUUGCAGACGAGAGCCAGGGUGGUGGGGUGGGCUUGGUGUGCUGUGCUGUGCCAGGGGGGAUGUGCAGGAUGGGUGGCUCCUGUGGCUUGUGGCUCAGGGAUGGGGUCAGGGUCACCAGAGGACCUUACACAAGUGUUAUGUAUAAGGGGGUGGGAGUCGUGCCAGGAAAUGAGGUAAAUUGUCUGCUUUCUCUCCUUGGAGAGGUGUUAACGUGUUUUGGAGGAAGCUUGUGUUUGGGGUUUAUUUUAAGCUGUAUUUUAGGGUGAGAAGGGAUGACUUUGGGAGGGCACACCACCUUCAAAGUGUGGCUUGAAGGUGUUUGGAGGAGAGAUGGUCAAACUGGAUGUGUUCUCAUGGGCUAGUUCCUGGCAGGUUCUGGAAGAUACGACUUCUAUGUAAGGUGUAAAUUCCGGUGUAAAUCUGGAAACACGGAGCACAAAAUGCAUAUUUUAAUAAACUCUGUGUGUUCUGGA